AUGGCCGGGACCGGCUGGGCCCCGCCGCGCCUGGACGAGUUCAUCCUCACCGAGCGGCUCGGCGCCGGCACCUACGCCACCGUCUACAAGGCCUACAGGAAGAGGGACACGCGCGAGGUGGUGGCCGUCAAGUGCGUGAACAAGAGGAGCCUCAACCGGGCGUCGGUGGAGAACCUGCUGACGGAGAUCCAGAUCCUGAAGACCAUCCGCCAUCCGCACAUCGUGGAGCUCAAGGACUUCCAGUGGGACAGCGACCACAUCUACCUGAUCAUGGAGUUCUGCGCCGGGGGGGAUCUCUCUCGCUUCAUCCGGAUGCGCAGGAUCCUCCCGGAGAAGGUGGCCCGCAUCUUCCUGCAGCAGCUCGCCUGCGCCCUGAAGUUCCUCCACGACCGCAACAUCUCCCACCUGGACCUCAAGCCGCAGAACAUCCUCCUGAGCGCCCCGCAGAACCCCCAGCUGAAGCUGGCAGACUUCGGAUUUGCGCAGCACAUGUCGCCGUGGGACGAGAAGCACGUUCUGCGGGGCUCCCCGCUCUACAUGGCCCCCGAGAUGGUGUGCCGCCAGCAGUACGACGCCCGGGUGGACCUGUGGUCAGUGGGCGUCAUCCUUUACGAAGCGCUUUUUGGGAGGCCACCCUUCGCCUCCCGCUCCUUCGCCGAGCUGGAGGAGAAGAUCCGCAGCGACCGGGCUGUCGAGCUGCCCAGCCGGCCCCUGCUCUCCCCGGAGUGCCGGGAUCUCUUAGGACAGCUCUUGGAGAGGGACCCUUUGAAACGCAUCUCCUUCGAGCGCUUCUUCGCCCACCCUUUCGUGGAUAUGGAGCACGUCCCUGGGCCCGAGAGCCUCUGCAAGGCGACCGACCUGGUGGUGGAGGCGGUGAAGAAGGAUCAGGAGGGGGACGCCUCCGCCGCCCUCUCCCUUUACUGCAAAGCCCUGGAGUAUUUUGUGCCAGCUCUGCACUAUGAAAGCGAUGCUCGCCGGAAAGAAGCCAUCCGGGCCAAGGUGGGGCAGUACAUCUCCCGAGCGGAGGAGCUGAAGGCGUUGGUCACCUCCAGCAGCAAGAGCCUCCUGCAGCAAGGGAACCCGGCCAGAGAGAUCCUUAAAGAGAUGGCCAAGGACAAGCCUCAGCUCUGCGCUGCGCUGGAAAUGGCUUCUGCCGCCAUCGCUAAGGAGGAAGAAGGCAAAGAUGACGGUGACACCCUGGAGCUCUACCAGCAGAGCCUGGGGGAACUGCUGCUGCUCCUGGCCGCGGAGCCUGCGGGGAGGCGACGGGAGCUCCUCCAUGAGGAGAUCCAGACCCUGAUGGCCCGAGCUGAGUACCUGAAAGAUCAGAUGAAGAUGCGAGAGGCACAGUCCAUGGGCAAGGAGGCGCUGGCAGAGCCCGUCCGGAGCGCCUGUACCUUGCAGUGAUGCCCAGGAGCCAGCCGGUGUGAUGCUGCUCACCGCCCCGGCACUGCCCUGCAAAGAGAUGCCGUUGGCGGGGUGGAGGAAAGACAAAGCUUUCGUCCCGACCGCAUCGCGGUGACCACCUUGGGGGCUCACCCUUGGGCUUCCACCCCCGGAGGGUCCCACGGGUGGGUCCACAGGGCCAUCUGCCCCUCUCCCCGGGCGCCGGCGUCAGCUCAUUUCCCGGCAGGCGGAGUCCCCUCCCAGCCCUGCCUCGACCGUCUGCUGCCGCAGCCUCCCCUGGCCACGGCGGGCGGGUUAUUCCACUCUAAUUCCCUCCGCUGCCUGCGACGGGUUGGGUAUUUUUAUCCUGGCACCGGCCUCUGGCGGAAUAUCCCCCCUGCCAGUCGCGUACGUCUCUUGCCUUUUCGGCUGGAUGUUUCUUCCACCUCCCGAAUUCUUUUGGGGGAGCCCCGAGCGUCUGCGCAGCCCGGACCCACAAAACCCCGCCGGUAGCUGCAGGCUGUUGGUGACGGCAGCAGGCAGGGGGUCGGGAACGCCGCCUGCGCCUGCCCUCCGCUGUGCCUUUCUCACCCAGCAACUACCUCUCUGCGCCCACCGCCGCUCGCCCAGCCGCAAGCACCCGGUUGCACUGUCCCAGCCCAGCCGUACCUCCCUCUCGCUGCUGGAGCAUCGGGGUCGAGGCUUUUGCUUCCUAAACCUGCCUGCACUGGAGUCUGGCGGGUACUGACUGCGUUCGUCAUUUGUGUCAUGAGGUGUUACCGGUGCUCAGCAGGGACUAAUUGAUGGCACGUGCUCCUCCGCGGGUAUAGUCGUCGAAUAAAACAGAUGAGCAGAAAUCAAUCACCUUCAGGGAGAGAGUCGCGCGGCUGCAAACAGCGAUACCUCCCCGAAGGCAGAGCCUGGGCCUCCUGCCUGCUCUGCUCCUCAGGGCUCUGACAACCCAAACAUCCAAAUUCUAUUCCCAGCCCCGCAGAAGUCACUCACCGGGGUGGUGACGUCCGCCUGUCCUGCAAAGCGAGGGACUUUUCUCAAAAUCUACUGUAUUUCAAGGGAAUGUAAUUUAUUGUCUUUAAUAAACACUUAUUUUGUGUUC